UCUCAGACCAAAGUUCUACUCCAACUCUGACUUUAUUGGUAUGUUUGUAAGUGCGCUAAACCCUGUUGUCGUCUCCUGGAGUUAACAUGGACACGGUGUGGAGAAGCAUUCUCUUCAUAGUACUUCUCACGUUCAAGGUGCAUGCCCUUCCAACACAAUAUGUUAAGGAUGCAGAUGCAGGUGAAUUACGGGAGGACAUUCUUGAAAUCAAUUUAGAUUCCCAGAGAGAUUUGUUUGAAGGAGAUAUUGCUGGAGAUCCACGAAGAAAUGCAAUAUUAGAUGAAAAAUCAAGAUGGGAGUUUCCCAUUCCAUACAUACUCACAGAUAGUUUGGAUCUUAAUGCAAAAGGAGUGAUCCUUCAAGCAUUUGAAAUGUAUCGUCUCAAGUCUUGCGUGGACUUUAAGCCCUAUGAAGGAGAGAGCACCUAUAUUUCUUUCACAAAGCUGGAUGGAUGUUGGUCAUUUGUGGGAGAUUUAAAGAGAGGGCAGAACGUCUCCAUAGGGGACAGAUGUGACACCAAGGCCAUCGUAGAGCAUGAACUUCUCCAUGCACUGGGUUUCUACCAUGAACAGUCUCGUUCUGACAGAGAUGACUAUGUUCAAAUCUGGUGGGAUGAAAUUAUUCCAGGAAAGGAGCACAAUUUCAAUAAGUAUGAGGAUGAUUUUAUAACCGAUUUGAACACGCCCUAUGAUUAUGAGUCCAUCAUGCACUACAGGCCUCUGUCUUUCAACAAGGACCCUGAUAUUCCCACCAUAACCCCUACCAUCCCUGCCUUCAAUAACGUAAUAGGACAGCGCUUAGACUUCAGUGCUCUUGAUCUGGAAAGACUGAAUCGCAUGUAUGAAUGCACUGCAACCCACACUCUUCUGGAUCAAUGUGCCUUUGAGCAGAUCAACAUUUGUGGAAUGAUUCAGUAUGAUGAAGAUGAUGCUGACUGGGUCCAGACUUUGAGCUCUACAGAUGUAAAGGACCACACACUUGCAGGAAACUGCAGAGAUGCAGGCUAUUUUAUGACGUUUGACACCGCUAACAAGGCUAAGGGACACACAGCUUUGUUGGAGUCACGGAUUCUUUACCCCAAGAGAAACCAGCAGUGCCUCGAGUUCUUCUACAAGAUGACUGGAGACUCUGGUGACCAGCUCAUCAUUUGGGUCAAAAGGGAUGAUGGAACUGGCACUGUUCACAAAGUCAAAAAAGUUCACACAAUCACAGGGGACGGGGAUGAGUCAUGGAAGAUUGCACACGUCACUCUAAAUGUUGAGGAAAAGUUCCGGUACUUCUUUCAGGGUAUUGUUGGCUCCAACAAAACAUCAGGAGGGAUCUUUAUAGAUGACAUUACUCUGACUGAGACAUCAUGCCCAAAUACUGUCUGGAGGAUUCAGAACUUCACCAGCCUCCUUAAUACUAUCCCACAGGGUGACAGAGUUCAGAGUGCUCGUUUUUACAACUCUGAGGGUUACGCUUAUGGAAUUAAUGUGUAUCCAAAUGGCAGGAAUAACUCCGCUGAAGAGUUUGUUGGGAUCACUUUUCACCUCUUCGCUGGUGAGAAUGAUGCAGUAUUAGAAUGGCCUGCAGCGAAUCGGCAGGUCACUAUUACGGCUAUGGAUCAAAAUCCAGACUCAAGACUUCAUAUGUCUAACAGCAGAAGCUUCACCACUGAUGCUGACAUGCGGUGGAGUAAACCAUCUACGUUUGGAGAAUGGGACGAAAGCUGCUUUUGCUUCAGAGGUCCAGAGUUUGGUUGGGCCACUUUCAUCUCACACGAUCAGCUCCAUAGGCGGGACUUCCUCAAGAACGAUGACCUGAUCAUCACUGUUAAUUUCGAUGAUUUGACACAUCUUGUAAAAUCUGAAGUUCCAACCAAGCUCCAACUCUCAAGCAACCCCCAGCCUGCAGAAGAAAGCUUUGAGAGCCCAAAAGUCCGGGUACCACGAGCGAUCAGCGACCCAUGUCAGCCAAACCCCUGCCGUAAUGGAGGAGCUUGUGUCAUACUUCAGGGGAUGGCAACAUGCAGGUGUGUCUCUGGACAGGCCAUUGCGUACACAGGAGACACUUGUGAGAAACAGCACUUUGAUGGAGGAAUUCUGGGAGUUUUGAUCGGUGGUGCUGCAGGAACUGUAGCUCUUACUGUUGCCAUUAUAGCGGUGAUCUACAGGCAGAACUAAACCUAUUUCAUCAUAUUUGACAUCUGAAUAACCACUCUGUGAUAAGCAAA